AUGUCUGCUUCAUCUCUUCCUCCUCCUCCCGUUUUCAAGGGAGAAAACUAUGACUUUUGGGCAGCAAGGAUGGAGUCUUUCUUCAUGGCCCAUGGUCUUUGGCAUUUGAUUGAGGAUGGGUAUGAUUCUUCCUCACUCCCAGAUGAUCCUACAGUUCAACAAAUUAAAGAUCAUAAUGAAUUGUGGCAAAAGAAUUACAAAGCCCUAAUUUUUCUACACUCUGCAAUUCAUGAAAUUAUCUUUCCCAGAAUUGUUGCGAUUAAAAGUGCUAAGGCAGCUUGGUGUAAGUUACAAGAAGAAUUUCAAGGGAGUGAGAGAGUAAGGCAGCAAAGAUUAUUGACUCUAAAAAGAGAGUUUGAAAUGUUGAAGAUGAAAGAUGCAGAAACUUUGUAUGGUGAAGUAAUCUCAGACUACAAGGUGGUUAAGAAAGUUCUUAUUAGCCUGCCAGACAGAUUUGAGGCUAAGGUGUCUGUCAUAGAGGAGUCAUGUGACUUGACCAAGCUUUCCAUUACAGAGCUUUGUAGUAAACUACAAGCUCAAGAAAUGAGGUUUUCCAGGAAAUCAGAAGAGGUGACAGAAGGUGCUUUUCAGAUUAAGCACAAAGGGAAGCAAGGCUCUAGCUCAAAGGAAAGCAAGAAAAAAUUUAGUGAUAAAUCUAGGAAGGGAAAAUCCCCUGAGAAUUCUAGUACUGGUGAUCAAACUAAGAAAAGUCAAGGCAAGUUUCCACCUUGCCCUCACUGCAACAAGACUAAUCAUCCUGAGAAGACUUGUUGGCAGAAAUAUGGGAGACCUCAGUGUAAGAUUUGCAAGAAGCUGGGGCAUAUUGAAAAAUACUGCAGACUGAAGCAGAAUCCGGGUCAGUCAGCUAGUACAGGCUCACAAGAGGCACAUUAUUCGAGUAACCCGUAG